GAGGGGCCUUUGUCUUCCUUUAGAGUAGAACAGAGGCGUGCCUGAAUAAAAGGGGCGAUCGCGAAGGCGAUAUACGCGCCAUUGCCAACGUUAGGGCCUGAAACAAAGCCCACGGGAUCAGGGAGACUAACUAAGUCUUUUCACACAGUCGUUUAUUUGGAAAUUUGUUGGCGGAUUUGACAAGUUGAAGGCAGGGCCACGAGGGGAGUUAUAGGGAGCCACCGGCAGUCGCAGUGUGACAGGAGCGGGAGGAAAGACGAGACAACGCAAUGAUAAAGACAAAGUGGAAACUAGCCUCAAAAGCUGCUGUUCAAAAUGAAGAGGAAAAGAGAAGUAAGGAUAACCCAGAGCGGCCCAAACAUGGCGGGAAAAGAAAGCAGAGUGCAGCUACAGCCUUUGCGUCGGUCGUCGCCAAGUCUUCCUUCGCCGCCAAGAUGCAAUGGGGGAACUGGGGUUCCACGAGAACUCCGUCCGCGAAAGAGAGGCUCUCGCGAGAGUUGGACUCUCGUACGGAGCAGAGGCGACAGACUGAGUUUGCGCAGCACUGCUGGCUGUGUCGUCAGGAGGUCCAGUCUUCCCGCCAGGUCACCCCCAUACACAGCCUCCAUGACCUCUUCGACCUCUUCGACAACAUGGACGGAGAGAGUUCUUCGGGUUCGAACAAGGACAGCAGUUCGUCGUCCCCGUCUGAAGGUUCGGACGCCAUGCUCAGGCUGAUGCAAGACAUCGGAGAAGACGAGUACGGAACCUACCAAACACUCCCUCCCUCUAAACCCGAGACUCCGCUCAGUAAAAUCGCCACGCCCGUUCUGGACAAGAAGGGCGGCGACAGAAAGAGGAAGAGUCCAACUAAAGUAGUUACAUUCGUGCCGGACUAGGUAGGAUGGAAUCAAAAAGUUGUCAAAUGCUGCUGUAAUCUUUUGGGAGAUGGCCUAUCUGAACACUUACAAGAUAAGACGACAUUCUGUGUACUUAAUUAGGCCACAACAAGUACAUUUUAUGGAUGACAUCCUCUGCAGACUCAAAACCUAAUGCGAGCGGGCAAAAAAAAACAAGGUGGAUAAAAAAUGUCUAUGUUUUCACAUUUUUAGAUCAUAUAAACCUUGUUAAACAAGAUUGUAUUUAUUCAGUGGCAGCAUCACAUAUAAAGGAAUGAAGUACAACACUACAAAGUAAAAGACAAAAAUCAGAGCCUUGUCUUGUUUCCUCUCUUCACAUUUGUCUGUCAUCAACGUUCCGGCAUGCAUUGCAACAGACAUAUUUACCCAUUUUCGGCAUGUUGUCCACUUUCUAAGGGCAUUAAAUUUUUACGCGAGAAUUAAUGUGUGCGCUGAUGUCAUCCAUAAAAAUUACUUGCUGUGGCUUUAUGAGAAAACCAGAUCAGACACAUGUUCCUCAGACACAUGUUGAUCAGACACAUGUUGAUCAGACACAUGUUCCUUAGUAAUUGCAAAACCAUUUUUGUCAACGUGUUAGGAAAUACAUGUAGUUAUAUAUUUUUAUCGGUGUCCGAAAGGUGUCUAGCAGUGUUUUAUCCAACCAACACUAGUAUCUAAACUAUUCUGACUAUAGAUGAUGUUAUGUAGCCAUAGUGAUGUUUUUUUAGGAAAGAUUUCAGUGUGGAAGUUCCUCCUAAGAGGUGGUGUAUGGAGGAAGAGAGGGUGAUUUCCUUUAGUGGAAGUAGCAAAACGUGUUUUGCAGUGGAGGCACUAUAGCGAGUG